CCGCCAGAGUUUCCAGAGGAAUGAAUUUCAGACGGACCCACUUCCUGUUUUGAUUUAUUUCCCUCCUGUGUCAGAAGGGGAGAUGAUGACGCUCCUGUGUGUGUUUCUGUCUGUGUAAUUUAAGCUUUAUUAUUUUUUUCUUUUCUUUCUUUUCCCGGGUGUUCAGUGUAAAGCAGUCGGAGGUUGUCAUGGCUCUGAGUUCGGGGGUUUGGGCUCCGGUUUUUCCGUCUCCGGCGCUCCAGCCGGGCUCGGGCUGCGGAACGGUGUUAAUGUCGGUGCGGGUGUCGGUGUCGCGGGCGACGCUGCGAACUCUGCGGUCGCUCCGAGCUCCUGGUGCCGGUGAAGAUGACGCGGCUCUCCGCCUGCAGCUCAGCAUGGACCCGAACCGGCCCGGAGACUUCCGCCUCACCCUCAGAGACUCCGGCAGCAACGGCAGGAUCAUGUCUCUGGCAGAGUUUGAGCUGCGCGCCGUGAGGUACGAGAUCAAAUCGCCACGCUGCCACGAACUGUGCGUCAUCAAGCCGCCACACGACACGCUGACCUUCACCUUCCGCAGCGAGCAGGAAGCCCAGGAGUGGGCCACCGUCAUGAUAUCGUCGCUGAGGGAAGCCCACAGAGUCGCAGGCGUCGCCUCUCAGCCCACUGAUGACUCAGUACACUAUCUGAAACCUGUCGAGCAGAGCGCCGCCUUGUCCUUAUCAGCUAAAGAGGAGCUGUGUGCUGAACUGGCCAGAGCCAUCGAAGCCGGAGACACUCAGGCAGCAGUGCAGCACGCUACAUCACUGGCGCACCAGCAGAUGGCGCUCACCAUCCAGCCGACUCGAAAGGACUGUGAAGACGGCGAGAUCAGCUUGGCAGUCGUGGUCGAAGAUGCCACAUCGUCCUGUUGCGUCACGGUUAAAAUCGUCCCCCACAUGACCGUGGCAUCGCUCAAGCAGCAGAUGUUUGCCGAAUACGGUUUCCACCCGCGAGUGCAGCGCUGGGUCAUAGGUCAGUGUUUGUGCUCUGAGCAGCGCUCGCUGGUGUCGUACGGCGUGUGUCGAGACGGAGACACAGCAUUUCUUUAUCUCCUCUCAGCGCGCCACGCCCGCCUCAGUCAGCAGCAGUGCCAGCAGGACCAGGAGAGCGCCCUCCUCGCACCCGCACCCAAAACGCCACCGACCCCAGCGCCAGCCAGUCACGACUGGAGAGGAUACAGCACGCUGCCACCCCGACUCCAUCACUCCAGCACAGGAAGCAGUGGGGGCGGAGCCGGGAAGCACAGCAUCAGUGACAUCAGGAACCUGGAGAGGCUGGCUGGACACGGGGUGAGACCCACAAACACGCAGCUGGGUUGGUCGUGCCCUUCAUGUACAUUCAUAAACAAGUCGACGAGGCCCGGCUGUGAAAUCUGCAGUACAGAACGACCCACUCGACCGGAGCUCAGCGCGUCCGAGGAGGCGGCUCUUCUCCUAUAAGAGCUCUCCGAACCACACUGUGAACUUUUGCAGCCACAAGGCAGCCAGUAUAGACAUGAAAAAGACUCCUCCAUGUACACGCAUUCAACUGGCGCAGGAUUCAAUGUCCUGAGUGAACCGAGGUGAGGAAAAAGCGUCCCUGAACUCAAGGAACUCCUAGGACUCUGUAGUGCAUGCCAUGUGCCGUGUUCUUUUAUCCAAGCCACUAAGACAUUUCACUCGCAUCCGAGCCAAGAGCCGGUGAUGACAAGCGAAUGAUGACGGCAAGGAUGAAACGUCACAGGAGAUGAUCAGACAUCAGCUCCAAAUAAACCGCAGUUUUACCUUUUCUUUAAAGUGCUCCUGAACUCAAACACGCCAUUUUUGUUUUCCCUUUCAGUAAGCAAUAAAACGUAUAAAGCACGAUGUUGUUUUCCAGUAA